AUGGGGAGUAUUCGCCGUCGUUGGAUUGACGAUGAGUCAGAAUCCCGUCUUCAGGAGGUGUCUGGUGAUGCUAUCGCCUCCAGUGACCAGUUACGUUUGGCACCUUCCAUGCGCAGUCGCAAAGGUAUUGCGUGGAACAAACGACCUAUGACGGAAAGUGAGAAUUUCCAGAUCGAUAUUAGCCUCAAGAUCACUGGCCAAGGACGAAUAGGAGCAGAUGGAAUGGCAAUCUGGUACACUGCUCAGAUGGGUGCGCUUGGACCUGUGUUCGGUGCCAACGAUUUUUGGACUGGAAUGGGUAUAUUCCUUGACUCGUUUGACAAUGAUGGUCAGAAAAAUAAUCCGAUGAUCGCACUCAUGCUGAAUGAUGGAACCCGUUCAUACGACCACCAUACUGACGGAAGUCAACAGAUUCUCAGCAGUUGUCAAAGAGACUUCCGCAAUAAACCGCAUCCAAUUCGACUUCGUAUUGAAUACUCUGAAAAAACGUUCUGA